AUGGAUAUCAACCCUCAAAAACUCACAGCAUGGGAACCCUCCAUGCCUGUGGAAAAUCAUAUGGCACAUCAUGAUCACAUUUUCUUUGAGACUCCUUGGCCUAACUAUGUCUUUGAAAACCAUCAAAUCCCUUCUUCGUCAAGCCAACAUAUAUCAACUUCAGCUAUUCUCAGCAGCGGUCAAAUUGACCAUCAUCAUCAUGAUCAUCCUCAUCAGCAGAUGGAAGAAGAUCAAGCAGAAGAAGAUCCUGAGGAAGAACUAGGAGCCAUGAAGGAAAUGAUGUUCAAGAUUGCAGCUAUGCAACCGGUGGACAUUGAUCCAGCAACCAUUCGGAAGCCUAAAAGGCGAAAUGUGCGCAUUAGUGAUGAUCCCCAAAGUGUUGCAGCAAGGCAUCGCCGCGAGAGAAUCAGUGAAAAAAUUCGAAUUCUACAAAGACUCGUCCCUGGGGGAACAAAAAUGGACACUGCAUCCAUGUUAGAUGAAGCCAUUCGCUAUGUUAAGUUCUUGAAGCGACAAAUCCGCCUACUCCAAGCUAAUAAUCCCCCACCCAUCGGAGUUCCGGCAUGUCCACCUCUUCGAACUUGGUCAAACAAGGGUCUUGACCCUGUCACUGCUCCCACCGCUACCCCAAUCUCCUCCAUUGUAGGGUGUAAUGGAAAUGGUGAUCCUAUGAGCUUCAACAAUGAGGUAAUUGGUGGAUAA